GAUCACAGGGAUAGAAGGAACGGAAUCAUGAUCCAAGUGGAACGGAAUAGAAUACGCAGAGAUACAGUACAGCACAGUCGCCAGCAUGUCGCCAGUCGUGAAUGUUGAAUGAUCAAGAUCUUGCCCAUUAAACGUAGCAACAAUGCGCGACCAAGAGCAGAGUUUAGCUAUCUAGUGGUUUAUUUAAUACGAAAAAUACCAGGCUCUCGGACGGGCCCUGGUUACGAACUUUUAUUAUAGCGAAAAUGACUAUAAUAGUCUUUUUAAUCGACACGUCCGCCUCCAUGAAUCAGAGAGCAUAUCUGGGUGGUCGACCAACGCUCCUGGACGUAGCCAAAAGCGCAGUUGAAACUUUCGUUAAGGUGCGGCAAAGGUCACCGGAGAGUCGCGGGGAUCGUUACAUGUUGCUGACCUUCGAAGAUCCGCCACAAAAUAUUAAGGCUGGAUGGAAAGAAAAUUUGGCCACUUUUAUGAACGAACUGAAAAAUCUACAAUGCGUAGGUUUGACGACUUUAGGCGCUGCUCUGAAACAUGCACUGGAUGUUUUGAAUAUAAAUCGCAUGCAAACAGGCAUCGAUACUUAUGGCCAAGGUAGAUGUCCAUUUUAUUUGGAACCAUCAGUCAUAGUUGUUAUCACUGACGGUGGAAAAUACACAACCAACAAUGGAGUUCACCAAGAUUUUACAUUACCAAUGCAUUCUCCCAUUCCUGGAUCUGAAUUGACGAAAGAGCCAUUCAGAUGGGAUCAAAGACUGUUUUCAUUAGUAUUGAGAUUGUCAGGAACUCCCGCAAUAGAGAGAGACACUGGUUUAGUGGCCAGUGAUGCAUCGCCUAUUGAUGCCAUGUGUGAAGUAACUGGAGGACGUUCUUAUUGCAUAACAUCUCACAGGAUGAUGAUGCAGUGUAUAGAUUCUUUAGUUCAAAAAGUACAAUCCGGAGUUGUGAUAAAUUUCGAGAAAAUUGGCCCUGACCCACCGCCAUUGACAAAUGAAGUUCAACAUUUGGAUGACGAUGAAAAUGAUGAGGAAAAUAAUCCAUUGAACGGUCCACGAAGUCAGUACCCUGGCAGUAUUACAACACCUGGCAACAGUGCUUGGCAUUCCUGUAGAAGAUUAAUUUAUGUUCCAAGAUCAGCCCAAAAAGGUUUUGCUGUUGGUUUUUGGCCAAUUCCAGAGAGUUUUUGGCCUGACUUGAGCGCCAAUUCACUACCACCAAGAUCGGCUCAUCCCAAUGUUAAAUUUACAUGCACAAGUCAAGAACCAAUGGUAAUUGAAAAUUUACCUUUCGACAAAUAUGAAUUGGAGCCUAGUCCUCUUACACAAUUUAUCUUAGCCAGAAAACAGCCAACGAUCUGUUGGCAAGUGUUCGUUGCUAAUUCUUACAAGUCAAGCGAAGUUGGUCAUCCGUUUGGUUAUUUGAAAGCAAGUACAAACUUGACCUGCGUCAAUCUUUUCGUUAUGCCUUAUAACUAUCCUGUAUUGUUGCCUUUAUUGGAAGAACUUUUUAAAAUUCACAGGCUUAAGCCUACGAACGAAUGGAGGACGCAGUUUCAAAAUUAUAUGAGAACAAUGCCUACAUACUAUGCCGCUUCAUUGAGAAGAGCGCUCACAAGAAUGGGUGCACCGGCACCGUUAGCGCAGACCUUAAUUCCUGAUAAUAUGGAUAAUUCCUUAAGCUACAGUGUCUUAAACUAUUUGAAGCGGCUGAAGAAUCAGGCGAAAAUUGAAUUUGAUCGUCUUUGUAAUGAAGUCAUAUCCAAACAGGUGGCUAACGCUAGUUUAAAUAAAAAUAUAGUCAACGGAAAUACUACUGCGGUGACGGAGGGCGUUAGGGUCAUUCCUAGAACACCUUUAAAAAAAGACUUGGUAUCGCAUCCUCUACUCCAAGACAAAUUCAUUGGACUGCGAGAUCAACUCAACGAGUUUGGUGGAUUCGUGGUGGGAUUAGUGCGAAAUCAACAGCAACAAAGAGGAGCUCAAAGUUACAGAAAUGCCUUUGAUGUACCGAGAAAAUCACUUCUUGAUCAAGUAAUUAGAAUGAGGUCGAAUUUUUUGCAACCAGGAUUAUUACAUACAAAAUUAUUAGACGACGAUUAUGUUCAUUCUAUGCCUGUCGCGCAAAUGGGCAAUUAUCAAGAAUAUUUGAAACGAAUGACACCUCCAUUGAGAGAAAUAGAAAGUGUACCAGUCAGACAACACAUGUUUGGCAAUCCUUUCAAGAUAGACAAAAGGAUGAUGGUAGACGAGGCGGAUAUAGAUAUGGUGGGUGCAACAUCUUCAGCGUCGAAAGGAGGAAUGAAACGAGCUUUGACACCAUCCGAAGGUGGAGUUUCACCAGCUUUAAGGCCACCGCCAAACAAAAGGAAACCAGGACCUAUUCCCAAAGAUGUAACUGUAAAACGUCCAUCCAAAUCCCCAUCAAGUUCUGCAUCAAAUUCGCCAAUACCUUGGCACGAAGAUGUCAAACCCCCGAAUUUAAUUUUACCCAAUUCAAGUGUAAUAAACAACGCGAAUUCCGAUAUAUCUAGUGCGCUUAGUUCACCGUAUCCGAGUUCUCCGGAAAAAUUAGUGAAUGGUAUUUCGGAAAUAUUAAUGACACCAAUUUUUGAACCAAUUUCGGUGGAACCAUUGACUAAUCAUUCAGAUAUACCGCCAAUAUUAACACCAAUAGUAAAUAAUGUCGAUUCUAUAAAACAUGAAGUGAAAACUGAAAGGACCGAAAAUGUCGAUAUAAUGGAGUGCAUUAAAUUGACGGUUAAUGAUUGUGUUGUUGAUAAUCAAAACAGUGUGAUAGUUAAAUGUGUGACUGAUGAACCAUUGUUGACUAAUCAUGUGGAAGAAAAACGAGAAAAGGAGAAAAUAGAAAAGGAACAACGGCCAUUAACGAAGAAGGAAAUUGAAGAUAUUAGAAAACAUAAUUUAUCCGUCAGAGAACUUGUCUAUAAGGAAGUCCGAAGAAAGGGAACAAAUUACGCCACGUUAUUUUCACAUUUGUACCAAAUCCAAGGUACUUUAGACAUUCGGCUCGCAUUUGUCAAAGACAUUGUUAAAGAAUCUCUUCGUUUCAAAAGACGGAAUUUAGCAUCAUUAUUAGAAGACUAUUUGAAAACCGUUGAAGAAGACGGCUGGGUAAUGAACCACAAGACGAAUCACAAUGGUGCCACGAGAAUAAGUUAAGGCUAUAUUCGCAAAUUUGGUGGGGCAUUGAUGGAACGCAAAUAAACUUGGAAGAUUACUUGCUCCGCUAGAAGAUUAUUACAUCAAAAGAAACAAAAAUCUACAUCCUCGUAAGAUUGACAGAAAAUUUUCGCGAAAUAAUUUUUUUUUGUAAAUUUGUAAUUAACUGACCAGUGAAAUUAAUUUAUUUAAUUAUUAAAAUUCUUUAAAACAAAUCAUUGGUACAGAACAAAAUUUUUUUGAUUUUAUAUAUAUAUAUAUAUAUAUAAAGUUACUUAAUUCUA